AUGCCGCGCCUCCCCCCCCACCUCCUCCACCGCGCCCGCGCCCACAACCCCCUCCUCCCGCUCCUCCUCCCCGAGUGCCGCGACCCCGCCUCCGCCCUCUCCGAGCUCCGCUGGCUGCGCGCCCACGCCCACGCCACCGCCCAGCCCCUGCGCCCGCUGUGCGAGCGCCGCCGCCGCGGUGAGCCCCUCCAGUACAUCCUCGGCACGCAGCCGUUCGGCGCCCUCGAGAUCCUGUGUCGGCGGGGGGUGCUCAUCCCACGACAAGAGACAGAAGACCUGAUCCACCGCCUCGCCGCCCGCCUGACCCACACCCACACCCACACCCACACCCACACCCCCCCCGCGCACCGCCCCCUCCGCAUCCUCGACCUCUGCACCGGCACCGGCUGCAUCCCCCUCCUCCUCCACUCCCUCCUCCCCUCCUCCUCCAUCCUAGCAAUCGACAUCUCCCCGGUCGCCGUGGCCCUGUCCCGCCGCAACCUCGCCCACAACAUCGCCCUCGGCGCGCUCCCGCCCGCCGCCGCACACAGUGUUGCGUUCCGGGUCGGCGACGUGCUGGAUGUGCCGGGUCUGCUGGGGGCUGUGAGGGCGCAUUUCGGCGGGGAGGAGGGGGAGGGGAGGGGGGUGGUGGACGUGGUGGUCGCUAACCCGCCGUAUGUUUCGGCGCGGGGGUUCGAUGUGGAGACGGCGCGGUCGGUGAGGAGGUAUGAGCCGCGGCUUGCGCUGGUGCCGCGGGGUGGUGAGUGGGAGGGGGAUGGGGGUGGGGAUGGGUUUUAUCCGGUUGUGGGGAGGGUGGCGGGGGAGUUGGGGGCGGGGGUGGUGGCGGUGGAGGUGGGGGGGUGGGCGCAGGCGGGGAGGGUGAGGGGUGUCUGGGAGGGGGAGGGGGAGGGGUGGGAGGUGGAGGUGUGGGCGGAUUAUGCGGAGAGGGGACGGGGCGUGGUGGCGUGGAGAGGGGAGUGGGGGGGUGGGUGGGAGGCGGAGGUGCAGAGUGGGGAGGUGGAGAGGAUGAAUUGA